AUGAGUAAAAAGCUUGGAACCAAUCCUAAAGCAUAGGAAGCCAGAGAAAGGGAAAAAGAAUAAAAAAAAUAAGCUAGAAUUAUUGAAGAAGAAAGAAAAGAAGCAGCCAAAUGGGCAGAAGAUGAUAAAAAUGUCUUGAAAAAGCUUGAAAGAUAGCAAGAAAAAGAAAAACAAAAAGAAGAAGAAAGAAAAAGAAAUGAGGAAAAGAGAGCUUUGUAUGAAGAAGACUAAAAACAAUUUAAAGAUAAAUAAACACUAAAGAAAGAAGAAGGAGGGAAAUUAACAAAAGCUGAGCUUAAGAAAAGAGAAUUGGAAAUUAUGAAACGAGAAGCAGCUAAGAGAAUGGGAAUUGACUUAGACGAACUCAAAAAAGAAAAGAAAGAAGCUGAAAAGUAGAAAAAAGAAAAAGAAUAAGAAAAACAAGAAAAAAUUGCUAGAGGAGAAGAAGUAGAAGAAAGUGACGGAGAAGACUUCAAUGUUAAACCCAAUUUAAAUCAUAUUAGAAGAGAAUAAGCUCUAUAAGAUGCAGAAAAAUACGAUAAAGUUAUUGAUGCAACAGGUCUUGAUGACGCCUUAGAAGGCUUAAAAGAUGAUUAAGGAGUUAAACAUCCAGAAAAGAAAGUCAAAGCAGCUUGGGAAGAAUUUUUAGAAAGAAGAUUGCCAGAGAUGAAGGCUGAAUUUCCUCACUUCAAAAGAUCAAAACACAUUGAAUUACUAAGAAAAGAGUGGGAUAAGAGCCCAGAUAAUCCUUUCAACUAAAAAGUUGUUUCUUACGAUGAAAAGAAAUGA